GGCAGUGAGGGGCAGAGCAUGGUGGUGGUGGUGGGAGGAGACCCGGGCUCUGCGACCUUUGGGGCGAGGGCCACACCCCCCCUGCUCUCUGCCCUCUUGAUAUAAGUACUUUCUGCUUGGAAAUCCCUAGGCCCACAAAUACCCGUCUGUCCAGCAGGCAGGUGCUGCAGCCCGUGGCCCGGGAAGCCCAGACGCACCAGCAGGGAUGUGCUCCGUACUUAUGCCCCGGGCGCCCCUGCGCCGCGUGGCUGUGACUGGAGGCACCCAUGGCAAUGAGCUGUCUGGUGUCUACCUCGUCCGGCACUGGCUGCAGGACCCAAGCGAGCUGCAGAGGCCCAGCUUCUCUACUACGCCUGUGCUGGCCAACCCAGCGGCCGCCGCCGCCUGCCGCCGCUAUGUGGACUGUGACCUCAACCGCGCCUUCACAUGCACCUUGCUCCUUUCCAGGGCCACUCCGGAUGACCCAUAUGAAGUGACAAGAGCUCGAGAGCUGGACCAGCUGCUAGGGCCCAAAGCCUCUGGCUCGGACCAGGCCUUCGACUUUGUCCUUGACCUGCACAACACCACGGCCAACAUGGGCACCUGCCUGAUUGUGAACGGCUCCCACAACAUCUUUGCCAUGCACCUGUCCCACCACCUAAAGCUGCAGUUUCCCGAGGUGCCCUGCCGGGUCUUCCUGCACCAGCCCCUGCAGUCGGCGGCGCCGGAGAGCAACACCCUGGACUCCGUGGCCAAGAACGGAAUGACUGUGGAGCUGGGCCCCCAGCCCCAGGGCGUGCUGCGGGCGGACGUCUUCUCCAGGAUGCGGGCCCUGGUGGCCUCCGCGCUGGACUUUAUGGAGCUCUUCAACCAGGGCACGGCCUUCCCUGCCUUCGAGAUGGAAGUCUAUAGAAACCUGGGCAGCGAGGACUUCCCGCGCACCGAGGACGGGGACCUGGCCGGCAUCGUGCACCCGCAGCUGCAGGACAGGGACUAUGAGCCUCUGCAACCCGGCGCACCCAUCUUCCAGAAGUUCAGCGGUGAAGACGUGCGGUACGAGGGGCAUGCCACAGUGUACCCCAUAUUUAUUAACGAGGCCGCCUACUAUGAGAAGCACGUUGCCUUCUUACGGACGGAGAAGCUCGUGAUUUCUGUGCCCCCGCUGCCCGCACUGCCACCCCCACUCAGGGUCUCUAACCCAAGUGGCACAACAGGCCCAGUUUUCCCAUCUGAGCAAGGGUCCUGAGGUACAUACAGCUCCAGCCUCAGGGACCCUGGUCCCCCUGCUGUGCACCUUCCUCUCCCCCAGCCCCAGGUCUCAGUUUCCUAUUAUAUAAAAUGGUUUGUGUCCUCUG